CGGAACUUCCCCCCCAAAAGAAAGAAAUAAAUAAAUAGUAAGGUGCGUUUUCGGUGUUUCUGCAUGAUGCUGGCUAAUAGAUCAAAUGAAAGAUGUAUUAAUCAGCUGACGGUAAAUGCUGCCACAAUGAACUCUUCUACAAGAAGUGAAAGUGACUGGCAGGGAUUAGUGAGCGAGGGUCACGGGGAGCCUGGAGUCCAUCUCAGGGAACUCGGGGCACAAGGCAGGGGACACCCUGGACAGGGUGCCAACCCAUCGCAGGGCUCAAUCACACACACAUUUAUACACUACGGACCAUUUGGAAAUGCCAGUCAGCCUUCCACGCAUAAACCGGAGUACCCGGAGGAAACCCCCGAAUCAUGGGGAAAACAUGCAAACUCCGCACACACAGGGCAGCGGCAGGUUUGAACCCCCAAUGGCGGGGCAAACAUGCCAACCACUAAGCCACCAUGCCCCCACAAUUUUCUGAUAUGCAAGCGUAAGCUGGACAGUAAGAAGGAGGCUCUGCUGAUUCUGUCCAAAGAGUUAGACACAUGCCAGCAGGAAAGAGACCAGUACAAGCUGAUGGCCAAUCAGCUGCGUGAGAGACAUCAGGGCCUGAAGAAAAAAUACAGAGAACUUAUUGAUGGAGAUCCUACGUUACCACCAGAGAAACGCAACCAGGUAAAUCUGGCCCAGCUGUUGAGGGACUCACGGGACAGGGGUAAGCAGUUAGCAGAAGAAGUGAAAGAGCUGACUCAGAGACUAACUGAGGCUCAGGGUGACAACAAGCUUUUGAGAAUGACGAUCACUAAACAGAGGCUUGGUGAUGAUGAAGUUGGGGUCAGGCACUUCCCAGCCCAUGAGCGUGAGGAUCUAGUCAGGCAGUUGGAGGAAGCAGGAUUGCAGAGAGAAGAGCUGGAGAACAGCCUGAAGGCAGUGAGUGAUGAAUUGGAGGAUGUGAAGGCAGAAAGGACUGUAUACAAGGAGAAAGCUGAUCGUCUGAACCUCGAGCUCAACCAUGUAUUGGGUGGUGGAGGACAGCGCAUUGUGGAUGUGGAUGCUCUUUGCAUGGAAAACAGAUAUUUGCAUGAGAGGCUGAAACAAGUUCAAGAAGAAGUCAGUCUGCUGAAAACAAACAUAAUGAAAUACAAGAAUGCCCUGGACCGGAGAAAGAACUCAAAAACAAGUGGCAAAUCUAGCACUAGUGCACUUACUGGUGUGCUCUCUGCCAAACAGGUGCAAGAUUUAUUGUCGGAGGAUAAUGGAUGUGGUCUUCCAGUCACGCCUCAGUCUCUCUCUGACCUGAAGUCUCUGGCCAUGGCUCUGCUGGAAACAAUUCAUGAAAAGAACAUGGUUAUUCAGCACCAACGCCAAACUAACAGGAUUCUGGGGAACCGAGUUGCUGAACUUGAGAAGAAAUUGAAGACUCUGGAGGUAUCUGGGCUUUGGAGUUUACCAGGUCUGACCUACAACAUAUCAGUGGGAUUAGGGACAGGAGGUAAAGAUGCCAUUAUUUUGAAUGAGAAUCAGCGUGCCACGCCUCCCUCGUCUCUUGUCCUUCCCUUACAGCCUGUGCCCAGUGAACGGCUGACUGAUUCACAGCCCCCUGCAGAUGACAGGACAGGAAGUGGAGGGUUAUUGCCAUGGGAACUGGACGCAGCUGGCGAUGACAGCUUCCUGAAUGCGUGGCCUCGCUCACGCCCCAGUCCAGAUGGAGGUGGAGACGAGGUGGAGACGCCUGUCACCUCCGAGCAAGGGGAGGAGACGCAGUCUUGCGAGCUGGAAAUCAUGAAGCAGACAGAGCAGCGGCUAUGUGAUGAAGAAGUGGGGCCAGUUGCAGAGGUGCAGCCAAUCACGAAGGAGCCUCCUGUCGUAGAGGAGGGGGAAGUCGUAGAGGUGGACGGCAGCUUGACUGUGGAGGAAGGGGAAGAUGCUGCAAUGGCAUUGGCUUCCCCAGUGUCUGAUAGCUCGGAUUAUUCUCCACAUCUCAGUUCGACACGCAUCUGUAACCAAAGUCAGCAUGAAGACUUUAUCUGUCAUGAUUUUAGACAGAUUUUAAGUGCAGCUACUGACCCUGAAGAUGUGUUGGAAGAGACGCUCUCAAGUCUUGCGUCUAUUUCCAAAGUGCCAACCCCGGCUUCACCUCUCACACCAAGGUGGGAUCUGGACUAUCAAUCAGGAGAGACUGAUAGCUGUCACAGUGAGAGUGUGGCUUAAAUACUGACCAUAUAUCUGUUCCUUAUAACAGGAACUUGUGCAAGAACGAAAUCUCUAAAGCAAAAGUUUUUAGUUCUUGUAUGUUGCCCUGCGUGUUUCAUGUUUUCCCUCAAAAGGCCUUAAUAUGUAGUUGAUGACCUCGAUCAGGCUUUGUAGAUAAGAACAAAUAUGAAACAUGGAACAUGCAGGGCCCAGCUCUAAGUGAACUAAAGUGUACAUACUUUUACACUUUCAACUGAAGAUUGCAGGAAUAUUCUUGCAGCCUAAACUCAGUGCAUGCGUUAGUGAUUUUUGUGUUUUGCUUUAGUUCUACACGUCUUUCCGUUGAAUCAUAGUAUGCUAAAUUUACAAUUCCUGAGUAUAAGUUCAUCAUUAGACUAAAAAAAAAUUCACUAGCAACAGUGAUUCAUCCUCCAUCCACAGGAUUCAGUUGUGUGCUCACUCUGAGCUUUAUUUAAAUGCAUGUAUAUCACAGACUGCAUCAUGUACUGUACAUAAAUCACGCCAGAGUCAAGAAUAAGGUGUGUACUUAUCAAUAUCAAGAAUUAUGUACUUGUCAAUAUCUUACAUGUGUUUACACUUAGUGUUGUUGUUAAAGGGGUUAUAUCUUGAAACCAGUCUAAGAAACCCUUUCAGCACCGAAUAUUGAACAUUUUUUUCUUUUGUUUUCUUGCUGUUGUUGCAUAUAGUAUAUUGUCCUGGUUGCUGAUACUGUAUAGAUUCAAUCUUCUCUACUUCCUGUUGUUUCUGUAGUACAGUUGUGCUCAAAAGUUUGCAUACCCCUUGCAGAAUCUGCUAAAUGUUAAUACUGUUAACAAAAUAAGCGGGAUCAUAAAAAUCCCAUGAUGUUUUUUAUUUAUUUAGCACUGUCCUGAAUAAGCUAUUUCACAUAACAGAUGUUAUGCAAUACUAACAAUUUACACAGAUCAUCCUGCUCAAAGGUUACUCUUAAUGUAUCAUGUUGCUUUCUGGAGCAUCAGUGAAGGUUUGCACCUUUUGUAAUAGUCGUGUACAAGUCCCUCAGUUGUCCUCAGUGUGAAAAGAUGGAUCUCAACAUCAUAUACUCACUGUUAGAAAGGGGUCAAAUAUGCAGAAGAUGCUGGAAAAGUAAAGAAUGUGCAGGACCUGGAGGAUUUUUCUGAAGAACAGUGGGGAGUUUAACUACUCAGGACAAACAAGGGAGUCAUGAACAACCAUCACAGAACAAAAAAAUACAAAGAAUCAAGGGUGUGUAAACUUUUGAACGGGGUAAUUUUUUUUUUUUAGAAAUUCAGCUAUUAUGUUGUCUUGUGGACUAUAUUUAAACAUCUGUUAUGUGAAAUAGCUUAUUCAGGACAGUAUUUUUUAAAAAAUCAUCAUGGGAUUUUUAUGAUCCUUCUUAGUUUGUUAACAGUAUUAAGAUUUAGCAAAUUCUGCAAGGGGUGUGCAAACUUUUGGGCACAACUGUAUGUUUCUUUCUUUUAGCUCCCUUUUUCUUUCUUUUUUUUCUUUCCUUUUUUUUUUUUUUGAGAAGUCUUCACAUGUAUCACACAAAUGAUGCAGUUUUCAAAGAACUGCACACAGACCUAGCACAAAUUACAUUUGAAUCACAAACAAUUCACAAAAGAUAUAUUUGAAACAAAUUGUUUCAAAUCGUGGUGGUAUUGCUGUUCACACAACUAAUUACACACUAAUUUAAAUGUUUACAAAUGUAGAUUGUGGCUGCACUCCGCUUUUUUGCUGCAUGUGCCUUAUAACGCAAAAUGAACUGUUCUUUCUCUGUUGGGAGAGAAUAGAUAAAUGUGAAGGAUUGAUAAGCAGGGUUUUUUUUUUUCUUCCUUUUCCAGUCUCUUAGCAUUAAUUUCAUGUCAAAUAUCUUGUCUAUGGCAUGUAUACACUGAUAUGGUAUACCUGUUUAAUUAAAUAUAAAUAUAUAUUUUCUCAAAAUGUCAAA